CCCCGCCCCCUUUACAAAGAGAGCGCGAGACGAAAUGAUUCUCUCUCCUGUGUGACGAACAGACGCUCGUGAGGAUCGUGUCAGUAAACUAGAGGAGAUCUCAAACACUGCUCAUCCACCCAGGAUAACUCUGGACGUCUUCAGUUGUUUUUUUUCUUCCUGUUAUUAAAAAAAACCCCACCGCUUUCGCUUCCAUCGCUGCAUGUGUCAAAACAAAUGAGAGACGCGGAGUUCAGCGAUCAUUCUCACAUCACGCGCACAUGAAGCGCUUUGACGCGGUUCUGGAUUUGGAGAGCGCGUGAGGAGUUCUGGACCGGUUCUUGUUUGACCAUUAACACCAGCGAAUGCAUGCUUUCUGGAUCUGACACACUCAUGCAUCACAAAGAACGAAUGCCGGAGUCUUUGAAAUAAGAGGAACGAGCAAAGAGGAAAGACUGCGCUGAGGAUCGGAGCGAGAGCGAGAGCGAGAGAGGAAGGAAGACAAGUGUACAGUACUUUUGGAAUAGGAAGGAAUACCAGACCGAAAUAAUGGGGAGGAAAAAGAUUCAGAUUGCGAGGAUAAUGGACGAACGCAACAGACAGGUUACGUUUACAAAGAGGAAGUUUGGACUAAUGAAGAAGGCCUAUGAGCUGAGCGUUCUGUGUGACUGUGAGAUCGCCCUCAUCAUCUUCAACAGCACUAAUAAACUGUUCCAGUACGCCAGCACCGACAUGGACAAAGUUCUGCUUAAAUACACUGAGUACAAUGAGCCCCAUGAGAGUCGGACUAAUUCGGACAUCGUGGAGACUCUGAGGAAGAAGGGUCUAAACGGCUGUGACAGUCCUGAUAUCGAUGCUGAAGAUUCAGGCCACAGUCCAGAAUCUGGGGACAAAUAUUGUAAAAUCAAUGAGGACAUUGACCUGAUGAUCAGCAGGCAGAGACUGUGUGCCAUCCCCCAGUCUAAUUAUGACAUGCCCAUCUCAAUCCCUGUGAGCAACCCCAACAGCCUGAUUUACAGCCACCCGGGAGUGUCCCUGGGCAACCCCAACAUGCUGCCGCUGGCCCACCCCUCCCUCCAGAGGAACAGCAUGUCCCCUGGAGUGACCCACCGGCCCCCGAGUGCAGGAAACACAGGUGGCCUUAUGGGUCCAGACCUCAGCAGCGGAGUGGGCACCAGCGCUGGAAACGGGUAUGGAAACCACCGCAACUCCCCUGGUCUGCUGGUCUCUCCGGGGAGCAUGAGCAAGAACAUGCAGACCAAAUCUCCUCCGCCCAUGACCAUGAGCAUGAGCAACCGCAAGCCCGACCUGCGAGUCCUCAUCCCUCCCGGCUCAAAAAACACCAUGCCCUCCAUCUCGGAGGAUGUUGACAUGUUGCUGAACCAGAGAAUAAACAACUCCCAGUCGGCCCAGUCUCUGAGCACACCGGUGGUGUCUGUAGCCACGCCCACUCUGCCAGGACAGGGAAUGGGCGGCUACCCAUCAGCCCUCUCUACCUCAUACGGUACAGAAUAUUCUCUCAGCAGUGCAGACCUGUCCUCUCUGACUGGUUUUAACAGCUCGGCUUCUCUUCAUCUGGGUUCGAUGACCGGCUGGCCGCAAAACAUGCAGCAUUCUGGUCUUGUACAUCUAGGGAACUGCACCAGCACGCAGUUAUGUCAGAGCUCCACCCUCUCGCUGCCAUCCAAUCAGAGCCUGCACAUCAAGUCUGAACCCGUGUCUCCUCCCCGAGACCGGGCCGGAGGCACCCCGGGGGGCUACGCCCAGCCUCCGCCCCAGCAGCAGCAGCAGGGUCAGCUGCGGCAGGACGCGGGCCGCUCUCCGGUCGACAGCCUGAGCAGCUGCGGCAGCUCGUAUGAGGGCAGCGACCGCGAGGAGCACCGCGUCGACUUCCACUCGCCCAUGGGACUGAUGAGACCCUCUCCGGACGAGCGGCAGAGCCCGUCUGUCAAGCGCAUGCGUCUGUCCGAGGGCUGGGCCUCCUGAUCGCGGACGGCUUUUCUAUGCAAAGAUUUCACUUUAGUAUUAUUCUAUAUGUUUCUGCGAAGUGUGAGUGCUACAUCAAGUAUUACAAUUGAUAUAUAUAUGAUAAACGGGGCGGGUGGGUGGGUGGGUGUGUUUGUGAUUUGGGGUCGGGGUACAUGGGACAUGCAUCGCUUGUGCCACGUGUGGGGAAAACUACAAAAGACAAAAAAAUGAUACAUGCAAUUUAUGCAGUGUAUACAAGCAUACAGGAUUAAAAAGAGAAGUCUGGUACUCUUGUUUGGUAAAGCUAUGUUUUAGUUUCAGUAAUAUAUUACGCAUAAUUAAACUAUUAAUAGAGGCAUUGACGUGUCUCAGGGCUCGUACAAGUAAUAUUUCCGUACAGACCGGGGCCUUUACGCUCACCGUCAAUGCUCACUUGCAAAUGUAUGUUAUCACAGACGUUGUUGUGUUGCAGGUUCAACGUAUUUAUGUAAAUAGAUAACAAUUAGGCUUUUGGGUAAAUGAGCCUGCCAGGAUUUGCAGGUUUCUUUACGAUUAACAGAGUGAGAGAGAAAGCCAUCACGCAUCAUUUGAAGACUAACACGGGGCCCGGGGCUGAGGAGUUUCCAAAUACACAAAUUCUCUUGUAGAUGUUGUUGAUAUUUCAGAGCCGGGUUAACAACGUUAAAGUUCUCCGGGCCAUGUACUGCCUAUCCCCGGUGGAAGAGAUGUACAAUACAUUUUGCUUAUAUUUUCAUAAAAAUGCAGAGCAUUUGUUGCUACCUGUUGACCACAUGAGUCAGAAUGUGAUUUCAAGCUUUGCCGAUGUUGAACAGAAAGGUAAAGCAGUGUGAGCUCCAAAAAUAAAGCCAUAUAAACAAUUUCACAU